UAGUAGCAUUCCUUGUAUGGCAACCAUGCAAUACCAAGUUACCAACACCUCUUUGUAAAUUAACUUGGAUUUAUAUAUAGCCUUUGCUUGUAUGGAAUUUUUUCUCGUCAUUUUCGAUACUUGUGUAAAAUUAUGGACUUCUUUUUUGUUUUUCGAAAUUGUAUUCUAGUGUUCGCCCGCUCUUUUCCUUGUUCUGGCCAACAAGGUUUCGGGCAGCUCGAGCGAACUUUUAUUGCCAUUAAGCCCGAUGGAGUGCAAAGAGGAUUGCUUUUUAUAUGUAUAUAUAAUAUGUACCGACAUGUUUGGGAAGGUGAAGGAGUGAUCAAAUACGGCCGUAAACUCAUUGGAGCUACCGUUCCUCAGAAAUCGGAACCUGGAACCAUCAGAGGAGAUUUAGCUGUUGUGGUUGGAAGAAAUAUAAUUCAUGGUAGUGAUGGACCUGAGACAGCUAAGGAUGAAAUCAACCUAUGGUUUAAGCCCGAGGAGUUGGUCGGUUACACUAGCAAUUCCGAGAAGUGGAUCUAUGGCGACAACUGAUUAUUAUUGGGUCGAAGCCAAAAUGCUCGGAAAAUAAAAUUCUAGACGAGUGAUUACAGUUAUUCACGACAAACUACCAGCAGCUGAAAAA